AUGGCCGAGAGCGCCGCCGCUGCCGGGCAGUCAUCCUCGGCGAGGAAGUCUGGGGUGCCGGUGUUCGUGAUGAUGCCGCUGGACACGGUCAAGACAUGCUGCGGGAGCGGUCUAAACCACCGGAAGACCAUGGCGCGGGAUCUGGCGGCUCUCAAGAGCUCGGGCGUGGAGGGAAUCAUGGUGGACGUGUGGUGGGGCGUCGUGGAGGGCGAGGAGCCGGGGCUGUACAACUUCGAAGGGUACAUGAAGCUCGUCGAGAUGGCGCGCGAUGCCAGGCUCAAGGUCCAGGCCGUCAUGUCCUUCCACCAGUGCGGCGGCAACGUCGGCGACACCGUCAACAUCCCGCUGCCGCGGUGGGUGGUGGAGGAUAUGGACAAAGACCAGGACCUCGCCUACACUGACCAAUGCGAACGCCGCAGCUACGAGUACGUGUCGUUCGGCUGCGACGACAUGCCCGUCCUCGACGGACGCACGCCCAUCCAGUGCUACACCGACUUCAUGUCCGCCUUCCACGACCACUUCGCCGCCUUCCUCGGCAACACCAUCGUCGUAAGUCCCACGCACUUGAUUAUAUUUCUCUGUUUUCUCUGUCGCCAUUGUGCUGGUGCCAAUUUGCCUUGUGCCGGCGUGCAGGAAGUUCAAGUCGGCAUGGGCCCUGCGGGCGAGCUACGGUACCCGUCGUACCCGGAGAGCGAGGGGACCUGGGAAUUCCCCGGCAUCGGCGCCUUCCAAUGCUACGACAAGUAUUUGCUGAACAGCCUGAAGAUGGCAGCGGAGGCGGCGGGCAAUCCGGACUGGGGCUUGGGCGGGCCGACGGACGCCGGCGGCUACAACAGCCGGCCGGACGACACGGACUUCUUCCGCCAGGACGGCGGUGGCUGGGACUCCGAGUACGGCCAGUUCUUCAUGUCCUGGUACUCGCGGAUGCUCCUGGAGCACGGCGACCGCGUUCUGUCCGGCGCGGCGUCCGUGUUCGGCCACGAGCCCGGCGUCCAUCUAUCGGUCAAGGUCGCCGGCAUCCACUGGCACUACGACACAGAGUCGCACGCGCCGGAGCUCACGGCCGGGUACUACAACACGCGGCGCCGCGACGGGUACCUCCCGAUCGCGCGCAUGCUGGGCCGCCACGGCGCCGUGCUCAACUUCACCUGCGUGGAGAUGCGCGACCACGAGCAGCCACAGGACGCGCGGUGCAUGCCGGAGGGCCUGGUGCGGCGUGUGGCCUCAGCCGCCCGCGAGGCUGGCGUCGGCCUGGCCGGUGAGAACGCGCUGCCCCGGUACGACGAUGCGGCGCACGACCAGGUGGUGGCCACGGCUCAGGAGGAGCGGAUGGUGGCGUUCACGUACCUCCGCAUGGGCCCCGACCUGUUCCAGCCCGACAACUGGCGCCGCUUCGCCUUAUUCGUGACACGGAUGAGCCAAGCGAGGUAG